AUGGCUGAUGAGAAAAAUACAGAGGAAUUAGAUAGGAUUGAAAAUCCAACUUCUGACGAUGUUUCGGACACUUCAAGUCAAGCAGAUUCGGAUUCGUGGCAAAAUUCGGUGAGGAAAAAAUUACGAAAUUUUCAAAAUAAAAUGUUUUUUUUUGUAGAAUGGCAAGCGUGGAAUUAUAAUGCAAGUUGAAUCAAUGUUAUCCGAAGGCAAAACUGCAAAAGAAAUUUUUUCGAUUAUUUUUCCGGAUUGUCAUAUUAAUGUGAAUGCGUUGAGUGAUAGUAUGGUGAGUUUUGGGUUGUGAAAAUUUGGGAAAAUCAGAAACUAUAUAUUUUUCUGUUGAAAAAUUGUGAUUUCAGCUGAAAAUUCAGGAAUUUCAGGUUUUUAAUGAAAAAUCUUGUGAGUUGAGUUAGAAUAGCUUUUUUAUAAGCCAAUUUUGGAAAAUUUUAAGAGCUCAGAACUUGGCUCAAAAAUUCUUUGGGAGCAUAAAAACUUCAGAAUUUAAAAAAUAAAUUUUAAGUGAUAAUUUUCUGAUAUUUGAUUUUUAUUGAAAAACAUUAAAAAAUGUUCAAAAAUUGAUGAAUUCACAAAAAAUUGAAGUUGAACAUAAAUUUCAGAAGAUGUAUGUGGCCGAACUAUUUUGGUGGCCGAGAAAUCGUCGGGAAUUCGGCCAGCAAUGAUAAUUUUUGUAACAUUAGAGCGCGUUUGUUGCUUUGGCCGAAUUCCCGACAUUUUUCGGCCACCAAAAUAGUUCGGCCUACUUGAACAUUUACUCAAAAUUUAUUUUUUUUUUAAAUUUUGAACAUUCUGACAUUUAUCAUGCUCUCAAAGAACCUCUGAGCCAGGUUUUGAGCUCCAAAAAAAUUGCAAAACUUAGCUCAAAAGUUAUCCUAACUCAUCUCACAAGGGUUUUCAUUAAAAAUCGAAUAUCAGAAAAUUAUUACUGUAAUUCAUUGAGUUUUCAGAAAAACCUGAAAUUCGUGAAUUUUCAGCUGAAAAAUAAAUUUUUUAAAAUAAUAUUCAAAUUUUUUAAAAAUUGUAAAAUUCAGUCAAUUUUAAAUUAAAAUUUUUUUUUAAUAAAAAAAUGUUUUUUUAAUUUUCAUUUGAAAUUUAAAAAAUUGAAAAUAGAAUUUUCCAAUAGAAAAAUAUAGUUUCUGAUUUUCAAGGCUCCCAAACAAAUUGCAAAAAUUAGCUUCGUUAAUUUCAAGUUCGAAUUCAAUUUUAAAAAAAACUCAAUUUUUGCCAGGUCUUCGGAAUAAUGUCAGAAUUGCUCGAUCGACCGCCGGUUCGUGAAAAACUACCAGAAUUCAACACUCUGCAAGACGCCGUUGAAUUAUUCCGAACCAAAAAACGAAUCUUGGUUCUAACCGGUGCUGGAGUCUCGGUUUCUUGCGGCAUUCCCGAUUUUCGUAGUAAAGAUGGUCAGUUUUUUUGGGAACAAUUUAUGAAUGUCUUUGUGCGCGUGCGGUCGCGUUGCGGUCGAAAUAUCACCGAUUUUUGUUCAUUUUUUCACUGGAAAAUGUUGUUUUUUACAAAAAAACGAGUUUUUCAAUGGUUUUUUAGUAGUUUUCAAGCUCAAAAUGAGUUAUGACUUGGCAAAGUUCGAAAAUUCGGGAUUUUAGGAGCUGAAAACUCGUUUAUGUCCUCCUAAAGUGCCGAUUUUUCGAAAUUUGCCACGUCAUAACUCAUUUUGAGUUCAGCGGCUCGAAAACUACUAGAAAACCUACAUUUAGGCAAAAAUGACCGUUUUUUGUAAAAAACAACAUUUUCCAGUGAAAAAAUGACCAAAAAUCGGUGAUAUUGAUUUUUGUUCGACCGCAACGCGACCGCACGCGCACACAGACAUUCAUUAUUUUUUGAUGAAAAUACGAGUAUAGUCUCACUCUCAACAUUCUCAAAACAUCGAAAAAAUUAAAGUUUUCAGAAAAUGUUUGUUUUUGGAAACAUAUGGGCAAAUGGGACACUAAUUUAUCCCAGAAAUCAAAUUUUGGUGAAAAAUUCGAAAAAAAAUUGAUUUCUGGGAUAAAUUAGUGUUCCAUUUGCCCAUAUUUUUCAAUAACAAACAUUUUCUGAAAACUUUAAUUUUUUUCGAUUUUUUGAAAAUUUUGAAGGUAAGGCUAUACAGCAGGCCUGUGCCGGAAAUUUUCCGAAUUUCCGAAUUUCCGGUUUUUUCAAGGAAAAAUCAAUUUUCCGGAAAAUGUGAUCGGAAAAUCCGGAAAAUGAAUUUUAGUAGUAAUAUCUUCAAAAUUGCCUAAAUUUUGGGAAAAUUUCUCAGUUUAUGAUGAAAAAAAAAUGAAAUUUUUGGAAUUUUUCUUCAAUUUUUCAAAUUUUACUAUUUUUUGAACGUAAAACGACUGAAAUAGUUACUAAAUUACCUGUUAAUAGAAGAAUUGUAGAUUAAAAUAAGUUUUAGUGCCAACUUAAGGCUGAAAAAAAUUUUUUCCGAAUUUUCCGGUUCCAAAAAAUCCGGAAAUUUUCCGAUUUUCCGGCACAGGCCUGCUCUGCACCAAUUUUUUUUAAAAAUUCCAAUUUUUUCAGGAAUCUAUGCUCGAUUACACGCUGAAUUUCCUGAUCUUCCUGAUCCAACCGCAAUGUUCGACAUCCGUUAUUUCCGCAACAAUCCAGCGCCCUUUUUCGAUUUCGCCAAAGAAAUCUUCCCGGUCAAUUUACCCCAUCAGUUUCACAUCGAUUCAUCAAAUUGCUCGAAGAUAAUGAGCAAUUGUUGAGAAAUUAUACACAAAAUAUUGAUACAUUGGAACAUCAGACUGGAAUUAGUCGAGUUAUCGAAUGUCAUGGUUCGUUUAGCAAAGCGACUUGCACAAAAUGCGGCGAGAAAUUUGAUGGAGAUGUGAUUCGAGAGGAUGUUAUGAAUAAACGAGUGGCGUAUUGUAGAGUUUGUAAUGAUGGAGUUAUUAAACCGGAUAUCGUGUUUUUUGGAGAAGAUUUGGGAAAACGAUUUCAUCGAAAAAUGGCGAAAGAUAAAAAUCAUGUUGAUUUACUGGUUGUUAUUGGAUCUUCUCUCAAAGUUCGACCGGUUUCACUGAUUCCGUUUAGUGUUGAUGAAAAUGUUCCGCAAAUUUUGAUUAAUAGGUUGGAAUUGGCAGGAAUAUGCGUUAUGACGUGGCAAAUUUCGGAAAAUUAGCUUCAAAAAAUCUGAAAACCUGAAAUUUCCAAUGAAGAAAAAUAAUUUUAGAGUUAUAAUUUUUUUUUUUAAUUGGAAAAUUCAUUCAAUUUUUUAAAUUUCAAAUGAAAAUUAAAAAACAUUUUUUUUUAAUUUAAAAAAAUUGAAUGAUUUUUCCAAUUUUUUAAAAAUUUGAAAAUUAAAAAAAAAUUUUAAUUUAAAAAAAAUUUAAAUUUAAAAAAUUGAAUGAAUUUUUCAAUUUUUAAAAAAUUUGAAAAUUAAAAAAAAAUUUAAAUUUAAAAAAAAAUUUAAAAUUGAAUGAAUUUUCCAAUUUUUUAAAAAUUUGAAAAAUUAAAAAACAUUUUUUUUAUUAAAUUUAAAUUUAAAGUUGAAUGAAUUUUCCAAUUUUUUAAAAAUUUGAAAAAUUAAAAAAACAUUUCUUAAUUGAAAAUUUAAUGAAUUUUACAAUUUUUCAAAAAUUCAUAACUGAAUUUCUAAAAUUAUUUUUCAUCACUGAAAAUUUCAGGUUUUCAAAAGUGAAAAUUUCAAAUUUUGCCACGUCAUAACUAGCUUUCAAAAAAUUAUGAAUAUAGAAAAUAUUUGAGAAAUCUGAAAACCUGAAAUGUUCACUGAAUAAAAAUAAUUUUAGAAAUUCAAUUGUAAAUUUUUAAAAAAUUGGAAAAUUCAUUCAAUUUUUUGAAUUUAAGUUUCUAUUUAGUUAAAAAAAAUUUUUAAUUUUCAAAUUUUUAAAAAAUUGACUGAAUUUUCCAAUUUUUAAAUAAUUUGAAAAUAAAAAAAAAAAUUUUUUUUAAUUAAAAAAAAAUUUAAAAUGAAAAAUUGAAUGAAUUUUUCUAAUUUUUUUUUAGUAAAAAAGUAAUUUUUUAAACUGAAUUUCCAUUUUUUAAAAUUAUUUUUCUUCAGUGAAAAUUUGAGAAAUCUGAAAACCUGAAAUUUUCACUGAAGAAAAAUCAUUUUUGAAAAUCAGUUAUACAUUUUUUUGAAAUUUUAGAAAUUCAGUUAUUUUUUUAAAAAUGUGAAAAUUAAAAAAAAUUUAAAAUUGAAUGAUUUUUCCAAUUUUUCAAAAAAUUCAUAACUGAAUUUCUAAAAUUAUUUUUCUUCUGUGAAAAUUUCAGGUUUUCAAAAGUGAAAUUUUAAAUUUUGCCACGUCAUAACUAGCUUUCAAAAAUGAUGAAUAUAGAAAAUAUCUCUGAAAUCUGAAAAUCUGAAAUUUUCACUGGAGAAAAAUAAUUUUAGAAAUUCAAUUGUAAAUUUUUAAAAAAUUGAAUGAAUUAUACAAUUUUUUAAAAUUUAGAACUGAAUUUCUAAAAUUAUUUUUCUUCAUUGGAAAUUUCAGGUUUUUCAGAUUUCAGAAAUUUUUUUCCACAUUUUUGACCCUUCAGCCUAGAUUUUCAUCCCUAGAUUUCCACGAAAAUCAUAUUUGAAGCUAGUUUUCAGCUUCUGAAACCCCAAAUUUUCAAUUUUGCCACGUCAUAACUCAUUUCCAACAAGCUCAUUCCCAUUUGUUUUUUCCAGAGAAUCGCUCCCCUCUUAUCGCGCCGAUAUCGAACUUCUCGGAAAUUGCGAUGACAUCAUUCGAGAGAUCUGCUUCAGCCUCGGUGGAAACUUCAGUGAAAUGAUCGAGAAAUACGACGAAGAAGUGGAGAAAAAAAAGAAAGAGGAACAUCGAGCGAAUCGCAAACGACGAUUUAUUGAGUUGAGUGAAUUCGAGAAGAUUAUGUGUGAAAAGGGCGGAGAUGAUGAUGGAAGUAAGAAGCUGAAGCUGGAGGAAGAUCAGGCUGAAAAUCAGGGAGAAAGUUCAACAUCAACAUCACUGGGAAAUAUGUAUCAAAUGAGAUAUGUGAACAUUGAGAAGAAUCUACCGCCAAUGUCAUGUGCACAGGUAAUUUUUUGGCGGGAAAUUCUGGAUUUUUGAUUUUUUUUUAAAUUUGAAUUUGGAUAGAAAAACAUCAUCAAAAUCACGGGAAAAAAUUAACUAAAUAAUGUUUUUAAAGUGCAAAUGCGCUCCAGCGAAAUUUCGUAUUUUUCGAGAAAAAUUUAAAAUUUUUCUUUUCAUUUCUAGAGUCAAAAAGAAGAAGAAAAAUGCAUUAUCGAUUCAAAAUCCCAGAAAAAUUAGAAAUUCUGAAGAUUCUGAUUCAAAUAAAUAAUAUUUUAAAAAAUCCCUGAAGUUCAAAUGCGCUCCAGCGAAAUUUCGAUUUUUUUGGAGAAAAUUUGAAUUCUAUUUAUCUGACGAUAUUUUUUUUCUCAAAUUUGACCUCUGAAAAUUUUUGGUCCCAGAAAAAUUCGAAAAAGUUGCAUUUCAUCGAAAAAUUCUGAUUCCAAUUUUUACCUCGAAUUUUGAGCCUCAAAAUCAUGAAAACUGAAUAAUUUUUUAAAAAAUUGCAAAUGCGCUCUAGCGAAAUUUCGUACUUUUUGAAGAAAAUUUCAAAAAAUAAUCAGGAAUAUUGAAUUAUCGAUUUUUUUGAUCGAAUAAAUUUUAUGAAAUUUUUUUCGAAACUUUCAAACUGCAGGUUUAAAAUUGCAGGAUUUUGAAAACUAAAUAAUUUUUUUAAAAAACCAAAAAAAGUGCAAAUGCGCUCCAGUGAGAUUUUUCAAAUUUUAGGUCAGAAAAAUUUUGGUCAUAAAAAUCAAACCCAGGGUUUCAAAAAAAUUCCCAAUUCUCAAAAUUUCUUCCAGGUCUCCAUAAAUCAAACCGUCUUCCCGGGCGCUGAAAUCAACUACGACCUCGACGCCAAAAUGGUAUGCCGAGCGCCGAUUCGCCACGUCAACGGGCGAAUCGCGUAUUCAGAUUCGGAUUCGAGUAGUGGAGAAGAUGAAGGAGAAGAAGAGGAGAUGGAGAAAUUGGCAAGAACAACAUCUGUUGAUAAUCUACUGCUGGCCAGUAAUGCCGAUACGGAAAUGGUGAGCUUUUUUUUUGAAAUUCAAAAAUUCAAAAACAUUGUAGAUCAAAAUUAGUUUUUCAAGGGUUUUCAGCCAAUAAUGAUGAAAAAUCGAUAUUUUUCAAGAUUCUGCAGUAAUUUCUGAUUAAAAUUGACCUUGGAAUUCACUUUCCAGAAGGUUUUGCUGGUUUUUUGUGAAAUAAAAAAAUUUAUGAAUUUCGAAAAAGCAAAAUAGGGUUCUUGAAGCUUAUUUCAAUCAGAAAUUACUCCAGAAGCUUGAAAAAUAUUGAUUUUUCAUCAUUUUUGGCUGAAAAACCUUGAAAAACUAAUGUUUUUUCGACAUUUUUUGACUUUUCGUGAAUUUUUUUGACUUUUCGUGAAUUUCUUGACUUUUCGUGAAUUUUUUUGACUUUUCGUGAAUUUUUUGACUUUUCGUGAAUUUUUUGACUUUUCGUGAAAUUUUUGACUUUUCGUGAAUUUUUUGACUUUUCGUGAAUUUUUUGACUUUUCGUGAAAUUUUUGACUUUUCAUGAAUUUUUUUUACUUUUCCCUAAUCAAAAUCUUGAAUUCCAGAAAGAAGAAGACGAAGAAGUGGCUGAAUCCUGCCCAGCAGAUCUCGAAUACGAGGAAUCGAAUCGUGUCAGUCUAGCCGAUUUCAGACAAGCCUGCAAUGAUCUCAGUGAGAAUUUUGAUUAG